AUGGAUCACGUGCUCGACUUCAAAGCUCUCAAUUAUCCUCCCUACCUCACUUACGAUACUAACGGCGAGGGCCUGGCAGUAGAUCUUGGAUACAUCGUUCCCAUUUGGGAUAAGGGUUUCCAGGCUGAGACACUCAAGAUUUAUUCAGACAACAACAGCUUUAUUCGCGAAGUGGCUAAAUACAACACUAAUGACAAGCCGAGUGUGCAUGCACUCAAUGAAGCUCUUGUAUUGCACUUGAUACAGAACUGGAGAUUCAUAUCCUCUUUCGAAGCUCAGUGCUAUGCUGGCAACUUUGUGUUUUGGGGCACGUUCCUUGACGAAUUGGCAAACCAGGAACAGCGUGCUGUUCUCAUCACCCAAACGGUACAAGGGGGAGGAGAUGAAACUGUUGAGGAUACCCGACCAACCAGAGUUAACGCUUUAACAAGCCCGUCUCUUCGUCUUUCCGUACGACUUAGUCUCCCCUCAGACUCUACGCCCGAGGUAUCAUCACUCGCAGAGGCCGAAGCAGGGGAGGAAUAUUUUUCUUCGUCCCAAGAAUUUUAA